AUAUUUUGGGUAGACACUGUGAAUGGUGGGUCAACCCAUCCAUGACAAUCUUACCAAUUAUCUAUCUCUCUCUCUGAGUCUCUAUAUUCUCAUCGUUCUUAUCUCCACACACAUAAGAACUGAAAUGUCGAGCACUACGAACGAGACCACAUGGUGGGAACUAUUGGGCAGCAAAAACUGGGAGGGUCUAGUGAACCCUCUAAACCUUCAACUCCGAACCCUAAUCCUCCGUUGCGGGGACUUCAUCCAAGCCACAUACGACGCCUUCAACAAUGACCAAAACUCCCUCUACUGUGGCUCAAGCCGCUACGGCAAAACGUCUUUCUUCCAGAAGGUUCUUCUCCAAAACCCCACUCACUACGACGUCGUUUCGUUCCUCUACGCCACCGCCAAAGUCUCUGUCCCCGAAGCGUUUCUUCUCCACUCGCUCUCGCGCGAGUCGUGGGACCGCGAAUCCAACUGGAUCGGUUACAUAGCGGUCACCUCCGAUGAACAAAGCAAAAGCUUGGGUCGGCGUGAGAUUUACGUGGUGUGGCGCGGUACCACCAGAAACAUGGAGUGGAUCGACGUGUUCGGUGCUGCUCCUGAGUCCGCAACUCGGUUGUUGAGUUCUACCAGCCUCUCCCAGUUGAAGCAUGGGAAGAACCACGGUAGCAGCAGCAGCAGCGACGAGGAAGAUGAUGAGAAAACACCAAAAGUAAUGAAGGGUUGGCUCACGAUCUACACGUCGGAAGACCCAAAAUCACCCUUCAACAAAACAAGUGCGAGAACGCAGUUUCUAAACAAGGUCAAACAUUUGUUAGAACUUUACAAGGACGAGUCCCCAAGUGUGCUCUUCAUGGGUCACAGUCUGGGUGCAAGCUUAUCCAUUCUAAGCGCAUUCGACUUGGUAGAAAACGGGGUGACAAACGUUCCCGUUACAGCGUUCGUGUUCGGGUCACCCCAAGUUGGUAACAAGGCUUUCAACGAGAGGUUCAAAAAGUUCCCUAACUUGAAGGUGUUGCAUGUGAGGAACGUGAUUGAUCUCAUUCCACACUACCCGGGGAAGUUGUUGGGGUAUGAGAACACGGGUGUGGAGUUGGUGAUUGAUACGAGGAAGUCCACCAGUUUGAAGGAGUCGAAGAAUCCGAGUGAUUGGCAUAACUUGCAAGCUAUGUUGCAUGUUGUGGCUGGGUGGAAUGGGGUUGAUGAGGUGUUUGAGAUGAAGGUUAAGAGGAGUUUGGCUUUGGUGAAUAAGUCGUGUGAUUUUCUGAAGGAUGAGUAUCAUGUUCCUGCCUCUUGGUGGGUUGAGAAGAAUAAGGGUAUGGUCUGUAAGGACGACGGAGACUGGGGUUUGGAUGCUCCUGAUGAGGAGGAUCUGCCUGUGCCUGAAACUUGAUUUCCAUCUCUUGUAUAUUUACCGGUUAAACUUGUUUUUCAUCACUAAAAUUUUACAUUAAUGUGAUAUUAUAUGUAAAGAGAGGUUGUAUUAAUUAAUAUACCUCUCGCUUGACACACCAUUCUCCUUUUUGACAAGGUACCAAGCUGCGACGUCCCUUUGUUCUUGUUUGUAUAUAUCUCUUUUAUAUGACAUGUUUAGUU